AUUCAAUCCCAAAUGAACAAUCCGAUCCAAAUGUCCAAAUAAAAAGGGGAGUUCGGAAGGCUCGUAGUAUUCACUUUUGUUCGAAGCUCAAGUUUGAUUCUUUCUUUCUGUUAAAAAAAUAAAAAAAUAAAAAAGGGAGAUGAAAAAAACACAAACCCACAAUUCAGAAAUGGGAGAAGGAGAGGAAGAUUGCAGGACAAUCCCAGCCAUUGAUCUGAAAAAAUUUCCAGAAGCAGAAGAGUACAGGAAGCUGAGGGAAGCAUCAGAGACAUGGGGAUGCUUCAGGCUUGUGAACCACAUGAUCCCACCGGCUUUGAUGUCGGAGAUGAAAUCAGUGGUCAGAUCUUUGCUGGACCUGCCCAUGGAGAUCAAGAAGCAGAACAAGGAUGUGAUAGCGGGCAGUGGAUACAUGGCUCCCAGCAAAGUCAACCCUCUCUACGAAGCUUUGGGGCUCUACGACUUGGGAUCGGGUCAGGCUGUCGACACCUUUUGCUCUCAGUUGAAUGCUUCUUCCUACCAGAGAGAGGUGAUAGAGAAGUAUGCUCAAGCAGUGUAUGAGCAGAUUGUGGAUAUAGGGCAAAGGUUGGCAAAGAGUUUAGGGUUGGCUGAUAGUGAUUAUCUCAAGGGGUGGCCCUGCCAGUUCAGGAUAAACAAGUACAACUUCACUCCUGAAUCAGUUGGAUCCUCUGGUGUACAAUUACACACAGACUCAGGAUUUCUAACCAUUCUUCAAGACGAUGAAGGUGUCGGUGGUUUGGAAGUGAUGGACAAAUCCGGUGCCUUUGUAGCCGUUGAUCCUUGCCCAGGCACUCUUCUUGUUAAUCUAGGGGAUGUUGCUAAGGCAUGGAGCAAUGGGAGGUUGUGCAAUGUGAAGCAUAAAGUACAAUGCAAGGAGGCAACAAUUCGAAUUUCGAUCGCUACAUUCCUCUUGGGACCGAAGAAGGAGGCAAUAUUGGAAGCUCCGGCGGAGUUUGUGGAUUCCGAGCACCCUCGACUUUACGUUCCUUUUACUUACGAAGAUUACAGAAAGCUCAGACUCUCCACAAAACUACAAGCUGGUGAAGCCCUUGCACUUAUGCGCACCCCCUCCUAAGUUUGCUAAUGUGGCACCAGAGAGAAGUGAGCCUAAUGCCAAUAAUUGUAUUUACAGAGAUUAUAUAAUAUAUUGAAAUAAGUAAUUUAAAAUUAUAGUGUUGCCUAA